AUCAGAUGUCUGGAAUUAAGUUAUGAUGUAGGUUUUAAUUACGCCAAGUUGACAGAAUAGAUUAUGCAAAAAAUCAAUGAAAGUUUGCUCUCAAGACUUGCUGAAUUAUAAAGUGCAAACCAAACACGUUCGACUGCUUCGAAGGGCUGCGAAUUGGAGGCCGAUUCACAUGUAGAUGAGUCGGUGUUGACCGCUCAACCAUGGGCCGGUACGAAGAUGAAUUCAAGGGAAAGAGGUCGUUUGUCAACCGCAACUUGGUAGCUAUCGUUAUGAUUCCUUCCCUGAUUGCAUUGCAUUACGGUUGGUCCUUGCUGCAGCAGAAUGAUGCGCUCGUGAAGAAGGAGGAAAGGAUCGAUCUCCCGAUUGUAACCGCUGCACGGCAUCUUUGGAGAAAACUACAAGGGAGUUCCGGUGAUGACGCUAGCAAAUAACAAAAAUAAUUCUUGUAGCUUAAAGUUAUUUUGUGUAACCAAUGAUGCUUUUAUAGAGUUUAAAUAAGGUGCUGUGAUAGUUUGACGCCCUUGAAGUAAAUUUUGCAAAAUUUUAA